GUAUAAUCAUACGAAUGUGGAUAUAAAUGCGGAUGUGAAUGCGAAAGUAAAUGUGGAUGUAAAUGUGAAUGCAAAUAUGGAUGCAAAUGUGAAUGCGGAUGUGAAUGCAGUUACUGAUGU